CAGUCGAGUCCAUUAAUUUAAAGGCAACUACUAGAAUAAAAGAGAAGAGAAUAGAGUAACUUAUUAUUGUGGUGCUGUACACAUUUUCUUUCCCUUCGAAAUGGACAGAAAGCAUUUGAAACACCAGGUCGCCUGCAUGAGGAAGUCCCUUUUUGAUCAGGGGUACCUUGAUGACCAAUUCAUGCAACUUGAGGAUUUGCAAGAUGAUGCAAACCCUAAUUUUGUUGAGGAAAUUGUGGCUUCCUUUUAUAGCGAUUCAGCUAGAUUAAUCCAGAACAUAGAACAAGCACUUGGUAACAGGCCUGUUGAUUUUGGUAAAUUGGAUGAUUACAUGCACCAGUUUAAAGGAAGCAGCUCAAGCAUUGGAGCUAAAAAGGUCAAGAUGGAAUGCGCACAAUUUAGGGAAUACUGCUGUGCAAGAAAUACAGAAGGAUGCAUUAGAACUUUUCAACAAGUCAAGCAAGAGCAUGCUACUUUAAGGAGGAAGCUAGAAACUUAUUUUCAGUUGGCAAGACAAGCUGGAAAAUGCUAAGAAUGGUUGAGGUGGCAAGGAAACCAAUACAGAAUACUAAUUUCAUAACUAGCAGUUUUCUAUGUACUUUCACUGUAUUACGUAUAGAACCUUCCUCUUCAGCUUAUAUAGCUCAUGGCUUGUAUUUAGCUUGUCUGAAAAUUAUUAUUAUUAAUAUUUAUGUAUGUGAAGUAUUUCCAACAAUUUCUGUUUCAAGUU